AUGAAUAAAAAGAUAAAUCCAUGCAUAAAAGGAGAUAAGCCUUUUGAGCUCACGCUCAAUGACUGCCUGGCAUGCAGCGGCUGUCUGUCGAUAGAAGAGAACAAAAUUACGUUGUCCGACCUGCAACACGUCCCUAUCAACAUGAUAAUGAGCCAUUACAGCGUGUUGAACUUGUAUAACGAGAUGAAAAAGCAACGCUGUGAACAAAAAAACAAUCUGCACGGUAUAACAAUCAAAGAGUGGUAUGUGUGUUUACAGCGAGCACUGAUGAAGACGUUCAACGUAAAACGAUUCAUAAACACGUAUGAUUACCAGCAAAUGAGCAAUCACUUGGUGUAUAACGAGUGGCUGGCCAGCAACAAACUUAUACUAAGUGAAUGUCCGGGUGUAGUAGCGUAUAUAGAACGAAGAAAACCAGAGUUGAUACGGUAUUUGAGUGAGGUACCAUCUUUACAGCAAAUAUGUGCGUAUUUGUGUGAGGAGGAAGGUGUUUUGACAGUAAGCGUGAUGCAGUGCUAUGAUAAGAGAUUGGAGGGUGAUGUGAGGAUUGAUUAUGUACUGAGCAGCAGGGAUGUGUACGAAGUGGUGAGAAGCAUGGGUUUUGAUGUGGGUGCGGAUGAGCAGGAGAAGAUGAUCGGGGAUGUAUAUGGAGGUGCGGGUGCGGAUGAGCAGGAGAGGAUGAUCGGGGAUGUAUGUGUGGGUGCGGAUGAGCAGGAGAAGAUGAUCAGGGAUGCAUAUGGAGGUGUCGAUAGAAACACAGGAUCAAGCGAAAGAGCGAAUACAAAUUUGGACAGAGAAGAGUACAAGAAGAACCGAAAGGUCGAUGAAGAUUGCACCAUACACGCUGGUGAUAGGUUCGAAGAAGUACAUUCGAGCCACGCAAUAGAAUCGCUUCCUAGGAAUGGAAUAGCAGACCAUGAUAUAGAAACAAAAAAUGAUAUAAGAGAGGUAUUUACGGAUGAAAAAGAAUUCGUAACAAGUGUAACACCGUACAUGAUAAAAAAACUUAACCUGGAAAUAGAAAGAAUAGAACACAUCAGCAAGUCGUACAGAGUACUUCACUUUAAGCACAGCAAUUUGAUGUUUGCGCACAUCACAGGCCUUAAAAGCCUGCUAAACUUUCUGAACGAGAAGGAGAUGCGCUACAAUUUUGUUGAUGUUUUUUUGUGCGAUAAUCGAUGCUUCGGUGGACCUGGACAGAUUGAGAAUAAUGUUCAGGAUGAUUAUCACGAAUACUUUAACAUGGUCAGCAACGAUGUGACAAAAGAACCUGAAGUAGCACCGGUACUACAAGAUAAGAAGAGGAAAUUUGAAAACAGAAAGGUCUAUAAAAGCAAUUUUCAGGUGGAAUGGUGAAUAUCAAGGAAUGCUCCAGUUAUAAAGAGAAUACACUAGCUGUGUAAGCUGAACACGAAGCACAUUUCUCAAAACGUUCUAUCUAAAAACUUAUCAUUUCAGAGGCAUAUAAUGAUUAGAGGGGCUGCCAUACAAAAUGAGUGUAUUAGAUUUACAGGUCAUAAGACGGGGAUGUAACAAACGCACCGAUAAUUUACAACAGCAUUUAUGGUGCUAGAGAAUAAUAUUUAAACGGAAUUGUAAGUUGUUCAUUGCAUGGAGACGUACCCUGUUGGAUCAGAACCAUGCCUCGAUGUUCAGUCUGUAAAAUCACCGAGCAAACGAUUACUUUGUUACCAACGGUACGUUUAUUUACUGCUCAUACACCAGAAGAACAUCUAAAACGAUACAAACUCGUGGUCACCAACGCAUUGUCAUUACGCUGUAUUUGUCGUAUUCUCUUAAGUCAAUCACAUUUUAACCUAUCAGUAUGCCUUCAUUGCUACAUCCAAUUACCAGGCAAACCCUCCGAGCGCAGAUACGUGAAAUAUGCCUGUGAUGUAACACAAUCUUUCAUGAACAUAAAACCAGCAUUAGCAUGCACUGCUCCGCACAAAAGGUAACAAUCGUUGCACCGCUAACAACAAUGAUAAUCUAUCACACAUAUACAAACCGUUCCCUCCACACACUACAACCACAAUACGUUAAAACUCUUUAAUAAAUUACUCCU